AUGAACAAUUCAUAUGAGGGCAGCCUGGAAAACUUCACAGUGUCUCACAAUGUAGAAGAAAAUGGCCAUGUGACGGAAGGGCAGACUACACAUUCUGGUACCUUCACCAAAAAAGACGAAAAAAUGGAACAAAAAAAGAAAACUAAGCUGGACAAAGGAAAAACCAAUCCGCAUGUUUGCGAGGAAAAACAUAACAAAAUUACAAAUGAACUUUUGCUAAAGCAUGAUGAAGUGCUUAACUGGGAUAUUCAAAAUAAGAACAUAUCACACAGAGUGAAGAAGGACUCAGUGGUGGAGAAAAGACAAGAAAAUUUGAGCAUGAGUUCCUCUAAGGCAAUUUUUCUAAAAAAAGAGAAAAAAAACAUGUUUUGUGCCCACUUGACGAAGGAAAAAUGCCAAGAAAAUAUCGAAAAAAUGAAUGAGAAAAUAAACCACACAAUGAAAAAGAUACUAAAAUUGUACAACGACUCAAACAGGAAGCAAUACUUAUCGAGGUUAUUUCAAAUGAAGGACAUAAGUUGCCUCUUCAGUUGUAUGUUCUUCUGUUUGUUAAUCAUUUUUUCCAUUAUGAGUGAAUAUGUUGGAGUGCUACUCUCCAUCCUGCUACUGAUCAUAUCGAUACAGCUAAAAUAUAGCCGAUCAAAUAUGGCUCUGCUAAACUCGAUUGUUGCCAUUGUUUUCAUUUCUAUAGCCACUGCAUAUUCCUUUUCGAACAUAAAAAUGGGGGACAUUCGCGGUCAUAGCAUUACACAGAUUGAUAUCUCAAAUGCGAACACGAAUAGGAGACUACUAAUCCUGGAGACGGUCAUAUGUCUUGCCUAUGCUUCCAUCCUAUUUAUAUAUAUGCUCUCACUACGGUCUGUAAAAAGGUGCAAAGAAAAACACGUCUGGAUAUAUCACCACAUAGUUACCCUCUUCAACUUCCUAGAUCUAUGCAUCCUCUUUACCUUUGGAGUGCUAGCCUUUUUCUUUAUAUUUAUUUGUCUUGCAGAAACUCUAUUCAUCAUUAUGUCAUUCAUAUUAUUUUCGACCAGUGUCCUUACCUACACCCUUCGUAAAAAAAGCAGCGUAGUUACAUUGAUACUUCAAACAAUUGCGAUCAUAACGAAUUCGAUUGUAGCUAGCACGUAUUUAUCGAAAAACACGACAACAAACAAACUGGCAGAGCUCCCUCCUAACGAAUUAUCACAAUUGAGCAACAACAUAUUCCUCUUCUAUAUGAUCUUUCUUAUAUUUUUUUUGGUUCUUCACUUGUUGUACAUUUUUUAUAUAUUUUUUUCUCACAAGAAUUUCUUGUCCAAGUGUUUUUCCCAGAGGUCUGCGUACUACUCGAGCGUCUUUCCGCAUGCCGAAAGCGUUGUGGGUGAUCAAUCUGGUGAUGAUAACCACGAAAAUGCGAUCAACCAAAGUGAUGAAAACAGCACGUUUAAUAAAAAAUACGAUGGGUACAACGGGGGGGAGAUCCAUUUUGUGCGUGAGAAGUACCUACUCAGUUUAGAUGACGACAACAAAAUUCUUAACGUCCAGAGGAGGAGCUGCAAGCAGGUGCAUCUCGAUAUGGGCAAAUACACAUACAACGAGCUUCAUUUGUACAAGCACCUCCUGCUCAACACAGUGGUCGAGUUGAAGCGCUCGCGAUGGAGACGCAGAGAAAGAGGUAACCCGUCCGGGGGGGCAAGGAAUAGGGACAGAACGGGCAUAAAGGAGAAGGCCAAACGGAGGAAAACCACACAUAAGAAGACCAAACAGGGGAAUCUCACUAUGGGUGCAAAAAAAACACCCAAGCGAGUGCAACGGUUGAAAAACCCACAAUCCCAGGGAAACAGCCAGACGGAAGACUUUGUACUAAGCAUCCAUGAAGAAUCGUCCGAAUGUCAGAGCAACCACUACAACACAGAUGAGGGUGCCAACACAAAAGCGAACAAAGGACGAUGCAGGAAGAAAAACAAAAAGGGAGCACCUAAGAGUGCCAAUUUUUUGCUAAAAAAUCUAUCCCUCGUUCAGAAGGAAAGAAGUCGGAAUAAGGUCGGUCCAAAGAAACCAUUGCAGAACCAUGAUCUUUACCUUACGCACUGCGAAAACGACAUAUAUUCCCCAUCCUCCCUAUUUUACACAAAGUACACACACGUAAUAGAUGUCCUGCUGGAAAAUUACGAUGAGCUUAUAUUUUACUUGGACCGAAAGAAGUUCUUCGUAAGGCUAAUCGAGUUGGCUGAGAGGGAAGAUCCAACUGGUAAUGGUGAUAUUUUUUCCUGCCAAAAUUGUGCAACCGAAGGGGAUAUAUUGAAACGUGGAUCGGCCGUAAACUCCAGUGCACUUCUACGGAAUACUAGCAUGAACGACUCUUCGCCUGCUUCAUCACAUGCAACUUUGGAAAAGAACACUGAGUCGCCAUCCCUUCAGAAUGAAUCUCCAGUGUUGAGCCCGUUAAAGGAUGCCUCCAUUCCCCCAUCCGAAGAAAGAAGUCCCAAUUAUAUGAAUACAAAUUGGACUAACCAACUUAGCAGUAAUGUAAACCUAACGAACGAAUACGGGGCAGCAAAUGAGGGACAAUCCAAGAAGGAGCAAGAUUGUACAGCCGGUUUGUUAAAUGGUGCUCCCAAAUGGACAGACAUGCUGAACGGAACAGAUGACGAAUUAAACGAGUGUUACUCACGGUUCAUGCUAAACGCAGAAGGAAAAGCAGCAAAGGAGAGGACCAACUCCCUAUUUAGCAAUCUCAACAAUGAUUAUAUGAACAUCCCCGUUUUUUCCUCCACGUUCAACUCCUUCAAUUCCAACUCCCUCACUUCCAACUCAAACACCACCGACGCAGACAACAAAAAGGCAGAGAACUACUUCUGGUACUACUCCCCCGGUAUUAUCGGAAGGGUUUACAAAGAAUGGCUAAAGUGUAAAAAUUUAGAUUAUAAAAAAAUGAAUAAUGAUUUUUAUUACCUCUUUGCUAACUCGAAUAAGCUGAACGAAUUCAUAAAGUCCAAUCACAGCACUUUGGAAAAACAGGAAGAAAUUAAACUCUUCGAUAUUAGUCAAGUUCUAAGUAGUAAUAACAGCAUUCUAAAUUCGAUUCAGAAAUCCUUCUCAUCUCUUAAGACUUCUCAUUUAUUUUCUGAUGAGGUACCAAACAGCAGCUCCUUAAAUAGAAUAAUAAACACCUUCCUAAUGGACACCAACAGCAACAUUGAAAGGUUGUGUAUGGUGGAUUAUAAAAAGGUACACUCAUUUUUAGAGGACACGAACAUAAAUAAAUUUCUUUCAUCAUUGUAUGAACAGGAGGGGAACGAUAUUCUCCACGGAGAGAUGACUCUCUCCCCGUCUAAGCUUACUCCAAAUUUGAUUGAGCAGCUGAACCAGAUCGUCGCAGAGAAGCAUUCCGAAGAGGGGAUACAAAUGAAGGACUAUUCUACACACAUGGUGGGGAAAACGUCUCUUAUUGAUGCUGAUUGGGAUCAUGAUCUGAACGCUCUAAUUGGUGCCCCGAGAAAGGAAAGGCAACCGUCACCGCAAGGAAACGGCGAAGACCUGAUAAAUCUAAGCACAUCACACGUGGUGAAAGAACACGGGGAAAACUUCAACCUGAAUGACCUUCUAAAUUACGCCGAGUCGCUCAUCCUGCAGAACAAGCAAAAUGAGGCAAUCAAAGAAAGUGAACUACCUGCAACAGGCAGCACAGACAACACAGACGUGCAGAUGCAAAGCGACUCGGACGCCGAUUCCACCGAUAUAAAACACUUUGACGAAAUUUUAAGCAACUUUAUUAAAAAUUUCGUGUCUACCCGGGACAGCAGGGUGCCUCAUAGUAGCACCAGCCAAGCUGAACAGAAGGAUGACGACCAAAUGAACAACUUAAAAAAUAUAGAGGAAAUUUAUUCCAAUAUUAAGAAAACCAUAUGUGAUGAGGAGGCAAACGGGGCGGCCACCACGGAAGGUUGUGUGAAAAAAAAUGGAGAAUACUUAGCCAAGCAAAUAAUCCACACGAAGAAAAAAGAGAUGCACCUAAAAAAGAGAAACGUGCAAAAUGAGCAGCACCUUUCGAAUGAACUAAAAAGGAGGGAGGAUUCAAGUGGGAAGAACGAAUUAAAUAAAAGCCUCCCAACAGGGGGGACGGGACACCAAUUGGGGAAUCUUAACAUAGCGAAGAACAAAUCCAAAGGGAGCAUCGAGUGCUUAAGGAAGAAGGGCAAAAAGGACACGAACCACUGGACAUAUAACGCAUUCAACGAGUACAUAAAUAAUGAUUUAAAUUUGGAAAAAAAGAAAAAAAAAAUCGAUAGCAAAACGGUUCCAGGGAGGAUCGAUUCGGUGCCCUCAGAUGAUGUAAGGGCAAAAAUAAAGUUCACCCUAAUUUGUAGUAGCAGCGAGGAAAGUGUCAAGCAUAAAAAAAAGGGGAAAAAUAAAAUCCUCAAAGAAAAGAAACUUCACGUUGAUGAUACCCAAGAGGAUAACCAUCUAAGUGAGACGCAAACUUAUGGCAACAUCUCAGAAGGGUCUCUUCCUGCUUAUGCGACUUAUGGAGGACAUGCACAAACAGGGGGCAACAAGUUUUCACCCACCCAGAGAGGCUUAUCGUCCAAAUUGAACAACGUAAAAUUGGAGCUAGAGAAAAAAAACAAACCCAAGCAACCCAUAGACGCAAAGAACAAAAACACCAGUGGCAGCAGCGCCAGCAGCACACACGAAGGGGGGGCCUCUAACGCAGAAAGGCUGAACGAACCAUACCACAAAUUACACGACGGGGAGAUGAAAGAUGACCCUAAGAAACCACUCCUUCAAAAUAAUCAGAAAUGGAAAGGCAAAAAUGAAAAGUGUAACCAGACGGGGGAGCUAAAAUCGGACGUUUCGCAUAAUGCAGAAAAGGGGAUUCUUUUCAAUGGAAAGGAACUCCAUAGCAGCGUCUCCACAUCGACGUUGAGAUGCCCCCUCGAUCAGGCAAAGGGGAACAAUAAAUACGAUCAUGAAGGGACACAAAAGAGCCUCAAAAUGGAAAACGCCCAUCUCGGAGAGCACAAAGAGACACCAUCAAACCAGCGAAAAGGAGAAGAAAAUGCAAAAUGGAAUCACCAUAUGGUGAGUGCAAAAGUGAGUGGGGCAAGCAACCCAACAAACAUUCCAUCCCCUGUAAAGGAGUACUUCAUACAUAGCAACCAAGUGAGUUACAACAAUUCCAGCAACUUCGAUUCAUCGCAAGGUUGUAAGCGAUCUGCUGAAGGGGCCUACCACAAAGGAAAGUUCGCCUAUCCUUCUAAUUACCCCAAAAAUGGUGAAGAAAAAAGUGACGAUUCUUACAAAUUUUCAAGUGAACACCAAACGAGCAGCAACUUCAACCUCGACACGCAUGACCUCAUAAAAGAUUUGAAAAAAUAUUUAUGCUCACCUCCAAAUAGUGUCGACCUGGAGGACAGCAAACUGAAUGACACCUUUCUACUCGAGUUUAUCAACAAGUACUUGGAGAAUAGCAACCCCUGUGAAGUGAGUGUAUACAACGAAGUGGUGUUUGACGGGGAAAAUGCGAAAAAGGAUAACCACCAAGUGAACACCCCGCAGAAGCACCAACAGAGCGAAGGCACCAUCAUCAGAAACGCAAAGGAAAGGAAGACACAAUACUAUCAUCUGUAUGAUGAUAAAAAAAAGUGGCAGGGACAGAAAGACAAAAACGCAAGUGGGACACUAUCCCCCAAUUUUUACGAUGAACACAUUGUAAAUUUCCUCAAUACGUACAUGUUUGAAAACGGCGAUCGGUUGAUGAAAAACGCAAUUUUGAAAGACAAGCAGGAAGGAAAUGCGAAACUGGAGAAGAACAUAGGAAAGGCCAAACUACCUCUGGACGCUCACUCUACAAUGGUCUACAAGAAGGGUGAAAAGGAGGGCGGCUUCCUCGAAUUGAACUAUGUUAGUUCAGAUCGUAAUGGCAAUCAUUAUGAUGGGAAGGCGAAACUCCACAGUGAUUACCACGAUAAACAGGAGAGACCGCCAAACAAAGAGGAAAGCAUUGCCCCCAAAGGAACUCACCUAAAGAAGAUACAAAAUGACACCCCUUUAGCAGGAAGUAAUUUGCAUAAAGGGGAAACAAAUAAAUAUCUUCACAAAAACAAUCAGGUGAGCAUUCCUGGGGAACACCUACCAUGGGACCACGCUGGAGAAAACGCUUACACAUACAAGGACCGAAACAAGAAAGGGACACUCUGUUCAAACAAGAGACAAAACAUGAUUGAGGAGUUAGUUAUUUCGAAGGGGAAAAAAGAAGUAGAGGAACAAGAAAGGCAAAAGGAUGGAGGAAAAAAUGAGAAGAAAAAAUCAAGCAGUGAUAUCUUCUACAGCUUAAGCAACUUAGAAAGUCUUAACGAAGAUGAACCGUUGGAUCACCUGAGAGGUAAAAUAAACAGCAGCAAUCAUCGCCCUUGUGAAGAAAAGAUAAUUAAAAAGGCGGAUUUAAAUUUAGUCUUACAAAGCAGUGGUAGCGAAAAGCAGAGUCAUGAAGCUGCCUCCUCCGAUGAAGGAAAAUCUGAUAACGGUGUGGAAACUUUACAAAAGGAACAUACCCUUCAUAUACAUAAACCAAAUGUGAACAUAUUUGAUCAGGCCUACGGAUUUGAAAGCAAAAUAUCUGACGUCACCUCAUCCUCAGGUAUUGAACCUUCGGGGGUACUAGUCGGAAGCGACGCCUUGUACGAAUCCUUUGCUUAUAAAAGUUUCGAAAAUAUCGACAGUGUGAAAAGAAGGAUGCACCAGCUUAGCAGUAAAGAAGCAACGGAUGAUGGGAGUGCCGACUUGGACGCAAAAAAAUCCGCAAUCAUAAUAAGUGAGGCAGUUGAUGGAUCCAACACAAAGGAUAGAAUGGAAAUCCUUAUCAAUACCGAUGUUGUCAAGGAGGGAAGUGGUAAUAGGAGCAGUUGUGGUGAGGAGACGAAGGGGGAGCAGGGUCAAUCAAAGUGCAUCUCUUCACCCACUUCGAACCAUUCAACGGUACACGCCACGGGGAAUGUGAAGGAGUGGGACUAUUUCGCGGUAAAAGACGCGCUACGUUCAGGCAAGGAAAAAGAGCUAAACAGAGGUGAGCCCAAUCCAAGUAAAGAUCAACUGGGAAGCACACACGUAGACCACCAAAUCGGGAAGGAAAAAAAUUACUUAAAAAACAAUUUUACCAAUUAUGAAAUUUACGAAGGUUCAAAAAUACACGGUGGUAGCAGUGAGAAAGUUGGCACAAGUGCAGGAGACCAAUUGCACAACCGUGUGGGUAACCAGGUGGAAAUGAAUCUUUCCAAUAAAACUCCCCCCUUCCAGGAAGAGAAAAUAAUACAAUCUAAGGGUAGUACGAAUUUGAGAGCUGAUCCUCUCGCAAAUAGUUACAAAAAUAUUAACCACGUGGAUGUGCUCAAAGUGGACCAUAACGUCGUCACGAAAAUGAUGACCUAUGAUGAACCAAAAGCAGGGAAAAUUCCACUCUCAUACACACAUGGCGGAAAACUACACAAGAAUGUUGGAGCCGCUCAGAUCACCUCCCUGUCGGGGGAAAUAUCUUCCCCUAUGGUAAGUAAGGGCCCCAUGGAUUCGCAAACCGGUUCAUCGAAUAACCAUAUAAAGGGUAAGAAAAAAUAUGACUACCCCAACAGCGUGGACGGAGCCCAACAGAACAUGCCUCAAAUAAAUGAGCAAACGAAGACGCGCAGUAAUCCCAAUCAGCAGCACUUCCUCGGAAGGGGAACAGCUGUGGUCACUGGUCCAGGAGGAGGAAAGGAUACCUCUAAUGGGGAAGAGAAAAAAAAAGAUGACGCAGGAGAGGUGCAUGUGGACGAAGCGAUCGAAGCAGACAUAGACGAGGACGAUGAAGACGACUUCUCCGAAGAGUUCUCCUCGAAGGGAAAAGCGCGAACGAGCGGGAGACCUCCCAGGAGCCACACCAAAUUGACCCUCACGGAGAGGACGCCGAUCAGCUUAGAAAACUCGCAAAGCACUGAAAGUGACGUGGAGGAGAAAAACGGUGGAACGAAAAAUUUUAAUUUGGGGGGGACAAAUCGUUAUAAGAAGGAAAAUGAGUUGAUCGUACGAAGGAGAAGAAAGAAGUGUACCACCAUGAGAGGCCGCACCACAAAGAACAGCGAUCGCAUUUUCGACAACUCCGACUACAUCAAACACUUUAACAGCAUCAUUAAAACGUAUUCGUGGUCACCAGAAAAUUUACGCAUAGGCGAAAAUAAUUACUCCCUCAAAAAAUACAACACGUGCAUAGACACGGCUAGCACAGAAGAUAGUGAUGACGCAUCUAAAAUGACAUUCUUCGUUAAGGAUAUCCUGGGAGAAAACUCCAAUUCGAUUUCUUCAUCCAGUGGGUACGAAAUAGACACGAGGAAACGCAACAAGGAGUUCAGUCGUGAAGCAAAAUUACGUCAUCCUUUAAAAUCACGCAAAGAAAAGCGUAGCGAAUACAAACACAAAGACGUUCAUGGGGACGUAAUGCAAUGUAUUAAAACAGACACGCAAGAAUCCUUCAUUGAGUUAAUCGAACAGGGCAACAUUUUCCCCACCAUCAGACGCAGCAGGGAUAGAAGUGGUACCCUCCAUCGUAGUCUGCCCUCAAACGGUUACAACAGUUUGAUGCAAAAGGGAGGGAAGAUACCCACGAGGGGCACAUCAAAUUAUUCCCCUUCUUCCCACCAUUCCAAUUCUUCCAACCAAGGUGAACUUCCAAGAAAGAGCAACACGCAAACAUACGCCAAGAAGGAAGGGAAGGAGGCCUCCAACGUGCGAAGCGUGUCGGAGAAUGGCCUCAACAUGGAAGACAUAAAAGUUUUCACAGAUGACGGAUUCAAUGAUGAGUAUAAUCUUUUUUACAACUGGAAUGAAGUCAAUAACGAAGUUAACUACCAAAUGAACAAAACGGAAAAUUAUAAAAAAAUAUAUUCCCUGAAAAAAAAAAGGAACAGUUUGAAUCUGCUCAAAGGAAAUCCUAACAACUCACACAGAAGGCUCCACCUAAGUGAAGACAUUUAUGUCGAUGGUGGUAACUCACGGGUCAAGGGAAAUAAUAACAAUUCUCCAUUUUACGGCAGCACAAAACGGAUGCGAAGAUCGAUUACUAUUGGGGAUUCCAAUUCGAGCAUUUUUUACAGCUUAGAAAAAAGGGGCAAGAAAAAUGCAAGCCGGUCAGUAAAUGCAUUGGGAGAGGAGACCACACGGAAGAGACGCACUGUUCACGGGUUUCACAGUGCGUACGACUCCAGUUACGAACUGAAGAACAGCCUAGCCAAAAGAGGACACACACAAAACAACAGCUCGUCUAUCAUUUCAUUCAAUGAAGAACAUUUUGGAGGAAAUGACCUCCCCAUUACAAAAAUUAUGCCGCAUUACGAAUCGGUUCAAAUGAACUCUAACUUCUCUUUCGAAUCGAAGUACACGGGAAGUUUAUGGAAAAAAGUGAAGAGGGGGGCAGUUGGGGAGAGGACUAAUCUGGAGGAUAGCACCGUAAUUGACUCCCCCACGGGGAAGUACCACACAAAGCAUGAAGGCCACUCGAACGGGGGGGUAAUGAAAAGCGCAUUAGGCAAAAGGAAAAAAUCGCUAACUAGAGGACAAACGGAUACAAAAUAUUUGGCAUCCUACCUACCGCAGGAUUCGAAACAAAACUUUGUUCACGAGUUAAAAAGAAAACUGACUGCAAAAAAUGCUCAAGCGAAGAAAGGCCAAAUGGGAAGCGGCCCAAAUAAUAAGGGUGACAACCAGGCGUCCAAAAAGAAGGCCCAUAUUGACCCCAAAAAGCUUACCAGCGCCAUUCGAAAUUUUCAAAAUUACAAAAAAAUGUCUCGUGAGAAUAUGAAAGCGAUCCCAGUGCAACUGCCACCAAAAAAUACAAACGCUGAAAAAUACAGACCUUUAAAAUUGCGCUACUCAGUGGACAACUUCUACAAUGUCAUAAAUAGCGAAGACGACGCGAAUGAGGACAUGUUCAUCGGCAGGCACGCCAAGUGA